UAUUCAUAUACUUCAAGGCUGUAAAUCCUUAGGUUAUAACGGCUGUUUGUGUUUGAUUAUUUUGUCGCAUAUUUUAUAGAAAGCUGACUACACAUUUUGCGAUCACAAUGUAUUCUCCAAUUUUCAUAAGUAUUGUUCAUAUAUGCAGGUAUACGCAAUUAUAUCGGAUAUAUAGCAAUUACUUUUAAUACUUUGAGUAGGCGUGCCGGAGCAUUACAGCGACCAUAUAUUUUUUGAGUCACCUUCAUCACAGUAGUCGUUUGUACUAUACGAUCGAAAAAGAAGUGUAUGUAUUUUGCUGAUUUUAACGAAAUUUACCAAGCCAAACCAAGCUGCUGAGACACCGGUCCCAAAGUGUCAAAGUUUGACGUCACGGUGGCGCAGAGAUGCGCAUGAUCGAGAGGUGUGUCGUGUGCGUGUACGUCCAUACAUUCGCGUUUACGUGUACCUUAUUGGAACAGUAUUUUUUUUCCAUCAGUGUCAUAAUAUAAAACAAACAUUUGUAACUCUGUGAGUUCUGUCAAGAGAAGCAAACAGAAACACAAUGAUGACUGCUUCGGAAACCGAAAGCGAGGAUUUUGAGAAGAAACAAUCGAACGAAGAGACAGCGAUUCUCGAGGUCAGCUCGAUGGCUACCAGCGGUAUUGUUAGACCCGAUGUUCGCGAUCCUGACUUUCUCUCAAAUUAUAGCACGUCGGUAGAAGGCUCGGUUAUUGCGUCGCCGUCCAUUGAUAGUUUCUCAACUUUGCCCGAACAAGAUACUUCAGACUUUCAAAUGGAUUCUCGAGAUUUACAAGUUAAAGUCGACAACCCACAGAAACAUCUCGAGACAUUGGAGACCUACAUUACAUUCCGGGUUACCACAAGGACAACCAGACCAGAGUUCGAGGAUGAGGAAUACAUAGUCCGUCGCCGCUACAACGACUUUAUAUGGUUGCGUCAGAAGCUCGUUGAGACAUAUCCGACUCAUAUAAUACCUCCAAUGCCUGGCAAGCAUACUUUGUUGGCUCAGCUGGAUCGUUAUUCCAAGGAAUUUAUUCUAGCGCGUAUGAAGUUGCUUCAUAUUUUUCUGAAUCGCGUGAUCAAUCAUCCGAUCUUCAGUUGCGACAAGGGUUUGAGAAUCUUCCUGACUGCAAAACCUGCGGAAUUUUCGGUCGUUCGUAAAAAUCGUGGUAACGUCUUAGUCAAAAUGACGGAUUCGUUGCAAAAUAUGGCAAGUGUUUAUACCAUGAAACAACGAAAUUUAGAGUUUGAGCAAGUACGGGAUUAUUGCACAGCUCUGAGUGAAAAACUUUCUACAAUCGACAAGAUAAACAAUCGUAUACACAAAGAAAGACAAGAUUAUCUGAUUGAGUUACACCAGAUGCACCCAAUCUUUACCCAAUGGGCGAAUAACGAGCCUGAGCUGGAAUCGAUUUUGAUGGCAAUUGCAAAAGCGAUUGAAUACAAUGCUGUUGCCCACCAGAAUCUCUUGGACACUGUAACUAACGAAGAACGCGAAUAUAUUGCUUAUAUUGAUUCGGUUAAAGAUGCGUUGUCUCGUCGUGAUACAAUGCAGAUCGAGUACGAAUUAACUGUCGAAGAAUUGUCUAAACGAAGACUCGAAAAAGAUCAGUUGAUGGGCUCGACGAACGCUUCUUCGUCAACGAGAGGACAAAGUUGGAGCGGUGCUCUUUGGAAAGGCGAGUCCCGUGACGAAAAACUUGAGCGUCUUGGACAAACGAUUCCUCGUUUAGCAAAACGGAGCGAAAUUCUACAAGAUCGCGUUGAAUGUGCAAAUGAGAAUUUGCGUAGCGAUCUUGAACGGUGGACGAUAGAGAAGCAAAGCGAUCUCAAAGGUAUGCUGAUCAAUAUGGCAGACCAGCAAAUCGAACAUUACCAACAGUGCAUGGCUGGAUGGGAAGAAAUUUUAGCUGGUCUCAAAUUCGACAGUGUCGGAGCGGAAACGAAAGUCGGAACGUCGACGAAAAUUCCGGCAUGAGUAGACUCACUCUUUUUUCUGUCUUUUCCCUACCUACCUCUCUUUUUCUCUCUCGCUGUUAUCCUAAGCAAACAAAAAGCUAUGAUGCUGAAAUUCUUGAUAUCUUCUGGAUCCAUGUGAACACAGACUUGUUUCUUGAAUGUGUCAAUUCCUGAGAAUCGUCUUUGACCUACUCGACAUGGCGUGUCUCAGUCUUUAGGCCAAUUUCGCAUAUAAAUGUAAACACGAUGACGUUGUACAGUUAAGUGGUCACGUAUUGAUUACGAUUAAGCUCCAUCGCUCAGCACUAGGCUGACAAAUGGUGAAUCUGAAAGCCGAUGAUCGGCAGAAAACCAAAAUUUCGAUGGUAACCGUGAAUGAAACAAGCUUGCGGAAUACGUAAUUUUCUAAGAAAGCUUGUAAAGUUAUUGAAAAUAGUCAUGUGAUUUUCUCCCUUCCAGAACGUAAAGGCGUAAUCGAUAAUUCAUUUCUGGGACCAAAUCCUCGUUAAACUUGUAUCUAAAAAGAAAUGUUUACUCAAUCACACGUGCACGCGUUUCUUUGUUCUCGCGUAGUUGAGAUGUAGGCUCAAAUGAGUAAAACACAUUGUCAGACAAUCAAUUUAGUUUUAGCGAAGUUUAAGAUACUUGCGCGAUAAGAUUCAUUGCUGUUACAUAUAAAUUCAUAAUGUUAUAUAUUUCGACUAAUAAGCGUAAAUCUUUUGUUUAUUAAAUUAUCAUUAGACUUGUAUGAGUUUGUAAUUCGCAGUGCAAUAAUUGGCUGAUUCUUCGCUCUAAAACCCUUGGAUAUAACAUGAUUUUUUUCUCUUUCCCUAUAUCUGUGUCUUACCUUUUGCGAUGUGUAAAAAUACUUGAUGCUGAAUAUGUUACUUUACAUUCGAUGUAAAGCGUGUACCGAUUCCAGACACGUUUUCUUUUCCCUUUAAUUCCUUUUUUCUAAUCACAAUGGAAUUAAUUCACGCUGUUUAAAAAAAUAUGCCGAUAAUUGUCGAUAAUAAUUUCUAUUUUCGAAAAUUCAUCUACGUCAGGAAAUUUGGAAGAAAAGCCCAAUUGAAUAUAAAUUGAUAUGUAUUUAAAUUUUUAGUCCUUUUCGUUCGAGUACACAUUGAAUGGACAGAAAAAGGGAUAUGAAGGUAGUUUAUUUAUGAAAAUUUGUAAAAACAGUUUUUUUCUGAGUUUUUAUGCCCUAUGUGGGCGUGACUGUACAUCAAUACUUAUUAUUAUAUUUAAAUUGUGGAGUAA